AUGGUGGAACAGGAGGACCAGGAUGGAAAGAUCUCUUUGUGCCAUCGCAGUCAUCGCUCUAAGUCGAGGGGUUCAUCGAGUCUGAGGCCAACAGCCGAACAACUAGUCAAAGACAGUGAAGUCCAGCCCAACGCUAACUCUAUACAAACCAAUAACGAUAACGUUUGUCUUACGGCCGGUUGUGUUAAAGCAGCGGCUGAUUUGCUAAAAAAUAUUAAUGAUAAGGUCUCGCCGUGCGAUGAUUUCUAUAAAUUCGCGUGCGGGGGUUGGGUCGACAGUCAGGUGAUUCCCGACGACAAGACAUCAGUUUCAGUGUUUUCAUUACUUCAGGACGAACUCAAUAACAAACUCAGAGUUUUGGUUGAAAUGCCGGCCGAAGAAAAAGAGCCAAAAUUUUUCGUCAAAAUGAGGAAUAUGUAUAAAUCGUGUAUGAAUUUGGCUGACAUUGAAAAGGUGGGCAAUACUCCAAUACUGAUGGUGUUGGAGAGUUUGGGCGGUUGGCCCGUAUUAUCCGGCGCUGAUGGUUGGGACGAAAGCAAAUUUGAUUGGUUACAGAUGUUGAUUGAGUUUAGAAAGUUGGGAUUCAGUCACGAUAUACUUAUGGAUCUGUCGGUUACGCCUGACUUUAGAAAUAACACACAGCAUAUCAUUGACUUAGAUCAGGCGUCGCUCGGAAUGCCUGACAGAAGCUAUUUGUUGCGCGGACUCAACGACUCGGCGGUCGCCGGAUAUUAUAAGCUUAUGGUUGAGAGUGCAGUCAUAUUGGGUGCCAACCGAUCGACGGCUGAACAGGAAAUGCUUGAAACACUUAAUUUUGAGACAAUUCUGGCAAAUUAUUCACUGCCUCGUGAGGAGCGAAGGAAUAUCAGUCUAUUGUAUAACAAAAUGAAUUUAACACAAGUGGCACUCUUAGCCCCAAAGACCGAAUGGAGUAAAUACUUCAACAACUUAUUGAGUGAAUCGGUCACCGAUAAGGAAGAGAUUAUAGUAAAUGUACCCAAUUUUAUACGGAGUGUCGACACACUUAUCGCACAAACAAAGAAACGAACUUUAGCCAAUUAUAUGCUAUGGCGAGUAGUUUUGCAGUCUUUCGCAACUUUGGGCAAAAAAUGGCGAGAAUUAGCGCAAGAAUACAAUACUGUAAUCACAGGUCAGGCCCGGGAAGAGCCGCGUUGGGAACAAUGCAUGUCUUCACUGACCGGCAGUUUGGGUAUCGCUCUCUCGUCGCUAUACGUCAGACAUAAUUUCAAAGGCGACAGUAAACAUGUGGCUUUGGAUAUGGUUGAGUACAUCCAUCGAGAAUUCCUUAAGAUAUUAGAAAGAGUGGAAUGGAUGGACGAAAAGACCCGACAAAAAGCCAAAGAUAAAGCCCAUGCGAUCACACCAUAUAUCGGAUAUCCCGAUGAAUUGCUUGAUAACGAAAAAAUUGGAGAAUUAUAUAAAAAUUUGGAGAAAACACGCCAGAGCUGCAGUUACCUUAAUUUUGGUGGUAUUGGGUUUGUGAUCGGACACGAGAUUACACACGGAUUUGAUGAUAGGGGCCGUCAGUUUGACAAAGAUGGAAACAACAAGAAUUGGUGGGACUCUCAGACUGACAGCAACUUUAAAGACAGGGCUCAAUGUAUUAUUGAACAGUACGGCAACUUUACUGUACCAGAAAAUUCAUUACAGAUCAAUGGAGUGAACACUCAGGGAGAGAACAUCGCCGAUAACGGAGGCAUUAAAGAGGCGUUUAGAGCAUAUCAAGAAUGGGUCAAAGAUCACGGCCCGGAGAAACCACUGCCCGGUCUUAACUAUACACCUCAGCAGCUAUUCUGGAUCAGUGCGGCCAACGUGUGGUGCGGCAAAUACAGGCCCGAAGUGUUGAAACUGCGGGUUCAGGUGGGCUCUCAUAGUCCGGCACAGUUCAGAGUUGUGGGUCCGGUCUCUAAUUUGCCUGAAUUCGCACAAACAUUCAACUGUCCCAUCGGUUCCGCUAUGAAUCCAAAGCACAAAUGCUCGGUUUGGUAAUCAUUAUUACAUACAAUAUGUUUAUAUCCAUUGGUUUUUAUUAUAUUAAUAGCGAAACAAAAAAAAACAUAGUUAUUGUUAUAUAAUUUAAUUAAUUCUUUAGACAAUUUUAAUUUUUCAGACAAUUUCUCUGAAUCUCAUUCUAAUCGUACGGUUAGGUUAUGUCGUGUUUGUCUCUCAUAUCUAUAGAUAUUAUCUAUAAAUCAAAAUAAAGUGACACUUUGUAUAAACGCAAUGAAAGUCAUACAAACAAAAAAAUUAACACACAUUUUGUGAAUAAUUAUUAAUGAAGUUUUCAAAGUAUACGUUAAAAUUUAACGGUUAAAUGUUUAUUACAUAUUUGGCUGAGAGUAUAGUACAGUACAGUAGGUAUACCUCGUCUACCCCUAACACUCGUCCACUCCUUAUCCCUCUCCCCUACCCAUCACUCAUUGAUUUAAAAACAUGAAAAAUAGUUGCAAUUUCUUUAAUAACUUAUUUAAAAAUUAGUAAAAAUAAUCAUUGAUUGUAUUAAACAAAUAACAUUUAAAUGAAUACAUUAUUGGUUUGUGUAAUGGAUUUUAUAGAAUGCGAUCAUUUUAAAUCAUUUACUCGUUUACUUGUUAUUGUAAAUGAUUGGAC